CACGUGUCGGCUUCCAAUUUCCACAAUUCUGCCCAUAGAAUGGACGAGUUCUGCAAAUACUUUGCAUUCCUCGCUUUUGGUGUAGAGGAGUGUGAAUAUGGUGCUGAAGAUGAGGCCAUGGAUGAAGAAAACAUGGAUGACGGUCAGCUCAGAAACCAAGACGUCACGAUUUCUGGAUGCUUCGAAUGGGUAGUAUCCCCAAUCCUACCGGUCCUGAAAAGCGUCGCACCACAGCCCACCCUCCCGUCAAAGGUGACACUGCAGCAUUUCCUCAGCGUCAAGUCCUUUGAGUGCGAACUUGGCGCUGUUGAUGAUGAAUUGCGGCUGGUAAAGCUCGAGCCAAGGGAUUCGGAGGAGCCUUACGUAGAGUUUGGCUACGACAACGAGGAAUCUGCCCCUUUGGAUACGAUAUUCCCGUCAAGGCGAGUCCUUGCAAAUGGCCAACAAUUCUUCUUCAAAUCUCUCGACUUGCUUGGAGAUGAUAUUGGCAGGAAGGAGGUUGGAAGAUAUGAGCAAGUUUUUCGAGCUAGUUUUGGGCCUAGUGUGCGAACCUCGCGUCUUUUUGGUGUUGUCCAAGAUGAGAAACAUCAGCUUGUGGGGCUUAUUCUUCACCAUAUUGACGAGCAUACCCUGCUGAGCGAUGCGGUAGAAACCCCUGAAACCCCAGAAUCGUCGAAAGAAAGGUGGAUCAGGCAAAUUCAGGACAUCUUGGCAGCACUGCGUGGAGCUGGUAUUGUUUGGGGAGAUGCAAAGCCUGAUAACAUUAUUAUCGACACACAUGGCGAUGCCUGGAUCAUCGAUUUUGGAGGCGGUCAUACUGAAGGAUGGGUUGACAAGGACAAAGCCGGAACUGUCGAUGGCGACCUUCAGGGCUUGUGAAACAUUCUCCAUUAUGUCUCUACAUCCUUGCAACAUCUCUACAUCUUGUCCUCAUUCUCGCUUCCUGUUCCCACCUGUAUUUGUUCGUUUUCCCUUAUUAAGACCCCCUAUCUGUAGCAACUCCAACACCAAGACUAAACACAGUAGCUAAUUACCUAAAUACCAUUGUCCCUAAUAACGUGAAAUUACACAUUUCCUACCGCAACGUCGACAAAUCUCAAAAUCCGACCCGGUUGAGAAGUCUGUAGCUAGUACUUGAUAUAAUUGGAUCGGGCUAGAUAAAUGUGCCCUUCCGCAUCUGGUCAGCCCAGGGUGGUUUUCAUGACUUCUCUUGGAUCGUUCAGAGGGCCAGUG